AUGGCCACGGCCAAAUUGAGGAGUGCGGCUCUCAUCGCUGCACUAUCUGCCAGCGUGAUCGGUAGUCCAGCGCCAGAUACCGUGGCUCAAAGAUCAUUUGUUCCUGAUGGCUAUGAUGUGCCGCCAUACUACCCGGCGCCCUAUGGAGGAUGGGUUGACGACUGGCAAGAGAGCUAUCGUAAAGCCAGAGACUUUGUGGCCUCCAUGACCCUGGCGGAGAAAACAAACAUUACCGCCGGGAGUGGCAUAUUCAUGGCAUUUCGCGUAGGAUUUCCACAGCUGUGUCUCAACGACGCGCACAAUGGAGUUCGACAAGCGGACAAUGUGACGGUUUUCCCCGAUGGCAUUACCACUGGAGCAACUUUUGACAAAAAGCUCAUGUAUCAGCGUGGUGUCGCUAUUGGUAAGGAGGCUCGUGGGAAAGGCGUCAAUGUCUGGCUAGGUCCGACUGUUGGCCCUAUCGGACGGAAACCCAAAGGUGGCCGCAACUGGGAGGGAUUCGGUGCCGAUCCGUCAUUGCAGGCCGUUGGGGCUCGUGAGACGAUCAAAGGUGUUCAAGAGCAAGGUGUAAUUGCCACUAUUAAGCACUUCAUUGGCAACGAGCAGGAAAUGUACCGCAUGUACAAUCCGUUUCAAUAUGCGUACAGCGCCAACAUUGAUGAUCGAGUAUUACACGAAGUAUAUAUGUGGCCUUUUGCAGAGGGAAUUCGGGCUGGAGUUGGGUCAGUGAUGAUUGCAUACAAUGCGGUCAAUGGCACCGCCUGCAGUCAGCAUCCAUACCUUAUCAACGGCUUGCUCAAGGACGAACUUGGUUUCCAGGGCUUUGUGCAAUCCGACUGGCUUGCUCACAUGUCCGGUGUGGCGUCUGCCAUUGCCGGCCUGGAUAUGGACAUGCCUGGUGACACCCAGAUCCCUCUCUUCGGGACCUCUUACUGGAUGUACGAACUCAGCAGAUCCGUGCUGAACGGCUCCGUGCCAAUGGAUAGGCUGAACGACAUGGCUACACGCAUCGUGGCUGCAUGGUACAAAAUGGGACAGGACAAAAACUUCCCUGAGACCAACUUCGACACAAACACGAGGAACCGUGAGGGCCUCCGAUACCCAGCUGCCUGGCCAGACACGCCAACCGAAGUGGUGAACCAGUUCGUGCCCGUUCAAGCCGACCAUGACGUAAUUGCCCGUCAAGUGGCUCAAGAUGCCAUCACUCUUCUAAAAAACAAUGGUAACUUGCUACCACUGAAUGCGUCUCAAUCGUUCAAGAUAUUUGGCACCGGAGCUCAAACCAACCCAGAUGGUCCCAAUGCGUGCGCUGAUCGAAACUGCAACAAGGGCACUCUUGGGCAAGGAUGGGGAUCUGGCACGGUGGAUUACAUGUACCUUGACGAUCCGAUCUCCGGCAUCAAGACCAAGGCCACAGAUGUCCAGUUUUAUAAUACCGAUUCUUUUCCGUCGCUAGUCGAUCAGCCCAAGGACACUGACGUUGCCAUUGUUUUCAUCACCUCUGAUGCCGGCGAAAACACGUACACUGUCGAAGGAAAUCAUGGCGACAGAGAUGCAUCUGGUCUCUACGCAUGGCACAACGGGGACAAGCUCGUCCAAGAUGCCGCCGCAAAAUACAAGAAUGUCAUUGUCGUCGCCCACACCGUAGGACCUCUGAUCCUGGAAAAAUGGAUCGACCUGCCCUCAGUAAAAUCCGUAUUGAUCACCCAUCUUCCAGGCCAAGAAGCCGGGCGCUCCCUCGCCGAAGUGCUAUUCGGAGAAGUGUCGCCAAAUGGACAUCUCCCGUACUCGAUUACGAAGAAAGAAGAAGACAUGCCGAAAAGCGUAACCGAUUUGAUCAACUCGGCGUUCCUGAAUCAGCCACAAGAUACAUACACGGAAGGUCUCUAUAUUGACUACCGUUGGUUGAAUAAGAACGGCAUUCAACCUCGUUUUGCAUUCGGCCACGGUCUCAGCUAUACCAACUUCACGUACUCCAACGCAACAAUCACCAAAGUUGGCCAAAUGAGCAAGACGCCACCCGCCCGCUCCCCAAAGACAGGCAUUCUCGACUAUACUCAGGCUAUCCCGGCCGCAAGCGAAGCAGUCGCUCCGAACGGAUUCCACAAGCACUGGCGAUACAUUUACUCGUGGCUCACGGCCGCAGAAGCAAAAGCUGCCGCCGCAAACGUCAGUAAAAAGUACCCCUACCCCGACGGCUACUCUACGACCCAGAAGCCCGGUCCUCGCUCUGGCGGCGGCGAAGGAGGCAACCCUGCCUUGUGGGAUGUUGCCUAUAAGUUGUCUGUUACGGUUAGUAAUGUCGGAUCCAAGUACUCUGGCAAGGCUUCCGUACAGGCGUACCUGCAGUUUCCCAGAGAUAAUGGCUAUGAGACGCCUGUUCUCCAACUCCGCGACUUUGAGAAGACAAAAACACUUGCGCCUGGCGAGAGCACGACUCUCGAGCUGCAGCUGACCAGAAAGGAUUUGAGUGUGUGGGAUGUGGUUCUUCAGGAUUGGGUUAUCCCUGCGGUUGAUGGAGCAUACAAUGUAUGGAUAGGUAGCGCAAGUGAUGAUCCGAGGGUUUCGUGCCAUGUUGAUGGGUUGAAAUGCACAAACGUGGUCAAGGGUUUGCAAUGA